AUGGACCCAACUCAACGCCUUCAAGUGGUCUUCGACGAGGACGGGCACAAACUCGUCGAGCUCCCCACCGGUGGGCGCGUCGCAGUACCGUACGACCCCCUGUACGAAGCCGAGCGCGCUGCCGCCGAAGCCGCUCGAGCUAUCGACCCACCUGACGAACUGCGGUGCAAAUACAAAAGCACGCGCUGCAUGAAUUUGCGCGCUAACAAGCGCAACGGGGAGCUACACAACUUCUGCCAGAUGCACCGCGAGCGUGCCAACCAGAACCAGCGCAACUCGGAGCAGCGCAAACGGAGUAACAAACAGCAACCGCGAAGCCGAAGGAUACCGACGGACCACACCCCGAACCCACCUACGACGAACUAA